CAGGCUGAGAAACAGAAACAGGAAGGUGUGAAUGUGUGUGCAUGUGUGUGUGUAUGACGGCAGCUGAACGACACACGACAGGCAAAGUCCCUUUUCUCAGCAACUCACUUCUUCUGGGAGUUUAUCCGUUUUGUUGCCUGUAGAUGUGCUGAGUGUGUGUGAGAGUAUGUGAGGGAGAGAGAGGGAGAGAGAGAGAGUGUGUCUGUGUCUGUGUGUGUGACAUGCCUGAAGAGGAAUAUUAGCAACAUGAGCAUCAACAUGGAUUCCCAUCACAGGGCAGCUCUGGAUAUCUCCACCAGGAACCCUCAGGAUGAUUUUGAGCUCCUGCUGAGAGUCGGAGGAGGAACCUAUGGAGAAGUUUUUAAGGCACGUAACAAGCAGAAUGGAGAGCUGGCAGCCAUUAAGGUCAUCAAGAUGGAACCAGAGGAUGACUUUUCUAUCAUCCAGCAGGAAAUUGUCAUAGUGAGGAGCUGCAAACAUCCCAACAUAGUGGCUUAUUAUGGCAGCUACAUACGAGCCAAUAAACUGUGGAUCUGUAUGGAGUUCUGUGGAGGAGGCUCCCUGCAGGAUAUCUACCAUGUGACUGGUCCUCUGUCUGAGCCACAGAUCGCCUACAUCUGCAGGGAGAUGCUGAAGGGCCUCGACUACCUGCAUGCACAGAAGAAAAUCCACAGAGACAUCAAGGGUGCCAACAUCCUCCUCAACGAUCAGGGCGAGGUCAGGCUGGCUGACUUUGGGAUCUCGGCUCAGAUCACUGCCACUCUGGCCCGGCGGAUGUCCUUCAUCGGGACGCCAUAUUGGAUGGCGCCAGAGGUGGCAGCAGUGGAGAUUAAAGGCGGCUACAAUGAACUCUGUGACAUCUGGUCUGUGGGCAUAACAGCCAUCGAGCUGGCAGAACUACAGCCGCCCCUGUUUGAUGUCCACCCGCUGCGAGUCCUGUUCCUCAUGUCCAAGAGCGGCUACCAGCCUCCUAAACUGAAGGACAAAUCUAAAUGGUCCUCCAUGUUUUAUAACUUUGUAAAGGCCAUGUUGGUGAGGAACCCGAAGAAGAGACCCAGCGCCUCCAAGAUGCUCUCAAACAUGUUUUUGACCCAGCAAGGCCUGAACCAGGAGCUGACCCUGGACCUGCUGGAGAAGUAUCGACACCCUGAGAAACUCAAAUCCUGCCUGGUGACGGAGGACGACGAGAUGGAGGUGACGGGAUCUUUGAAGAGGAUCCAGUCUAUCAACAAGCACAACCAGGCAGAGAGGACAAACUCUGACAUUAGCUUGGAACAGAUUUACACUCGGAGGCCUGUGAAGAAAGAAUCACCAAACACAACAUUAAGACCUUCACUGGGAUCCACCGGCAGUACCAAGAGUCCAGCGAGGGAUCAGGACACGGACUCGGACGACGACUAUGACGAUGUGGAUAUCCCUACGAUGCAAGUCACCAGACUCAUAAUGCCAACUGAUGAAACUCCGCCUCCACUUCCUCCAAAGCCCAAAGCUCGGACCAGCUCAGAGGAAAGCAUAGCUGGGGAAGACGACCGGGCGAGGAAACCCUGCUCCCUGUACGCCCCCACCCCUCUCACCAGGACCUCCAGCGGGACGCACGUCCGACCUACGCCCCAGCCGCGAUACUCACGGCACUCAGACCCUGCGUCCUGCCCUGCCCAGUUAACUGACAACCCCGCAGACAUGAUUCCUCCUGAGCUCCCCCCUAAAGGAAUCCGCAGACGGCAACCCACAUCAAAGGACCCUGCUGAGUGCGCCAGCCCCGUCAUGAAGAAACGUCCUGUGAGUUUCUUUUGUGUCUUUUCCAGAAGUUGUCCUCCCUUCAUAUCAACUCCGCAGCUGAGUAUUCUCUUCUCUCUCACCGUCCAGGUGUACUUUAAAAAGAUCUUCCAUGGCUGCCCUCUUAAAAUCAACUGCUCCACCACCUGGGAGAACCCAGCUACCAAAGACCAGCAUCUGAUCCUGGGGGCAGAGGAAGGGAUUUACACCCUCAACCUCAGCGGCUCAGAGGCCACGAUGGAGCUGUUGUAUCCAGGGAAGUGUACCUGGGUCUACACCAUUCAUAACGUCCUCAUGUCUGUGUCAGGUAAAUCAUCACAGCUUUACUCCCAUUCGCUGAAGGAGUUGUACGAUCAGGCUCGGAAAGACCAGAGGAUGGUUUCGACUCACAGACUGUUACCAAGGAAAUGUGCAGUGACGUCUAAAGUACCUGAUACCAAAGGCUGCAAGACCUGCGCAGUUGCAGAAAACGUGCAGCGAGGCUGCGUAUUCCUGUGCUGUGGUCUGGAGUCCAGCGUUGUGCUGCUGCAGUGGUACGAGCCCAUGCACAAGUUCAUGCUCAUUAAGCAUUUUGACUUCCCCCUGCCCAACCCUCUGCGGGUGUUUGAGAUGGUGGUGGUGCCCCAGCAGGAGUACCCGCUGGUGUGUAUCGGCGUCUCUCGGGGGUCCAGCCCCAACGUGCCCGUCACUGUGGAAUACAUCAACCUGAACUCCAACACGUCCUGGUUCACCAACUCUGGCCUGGAGAGACCUUGCCCAAAUGUAGUUCAAGUAAACCAGUUGGACAGCAACUCCCUGCUCGUCCUCAUAGAAAAGUCGGUACAUAUAGUCGGUCUGGAGGGGGAGCUGAAGAGCAACAGGCCUCUGACACAUGAGACCACCUUCUCUCACGAUGUUGAGUCUAUAGUGUAUUUUGAGGAGACGCUGCUGGCAGUGUGGCGUCACGGCUGGCAGAGGAUAAGACAAAGUUUUACCGAGAUGCUGGAGGAAACCACCGACCCCAGAAAGAUCUACCGACUGGUGCAGUCCGACAGGAUGGUCGUCUUGGAGACGCGUUCGACCGAUGACCCGGUGGGGCUGUCCAACCUGUACGUCCUGGAAAUUGCUGAGAACUAUGUCAUGCUGCCCUGACUCUCAUGUCUGCUGGCAUAGGGCAUCAUGGGAAACUCCCACUAAUGCCUCCAUGCAGAACUUCCAUCAUUAACUCUGAGGGAUCAUGGACGCCACAGUGUUUUAUUUUCUAAUGGGAGAAGAGGAGAUACAGUAUGUCAGAAAGAAGUGAUGUGCAGGAUGUUGCAAAUUCAUGCUGACCCAAGAGGAUUGUUGUGUUGUUGCUUCCAAUCUGGGAAAGUCCGCUCUUAUUUAUGCUGAUUUCAACGUGUGAGAUCCAGAACAACCUCCAGUAUUCAGACACAUGAGAAAACCCUAAACAAACAGUGAAGGAAGGUCCUCCUCUCAUACUUAAGAGGAGUAUCUCAGUUGAUCACAGCAACAGCAGCUGCCUGCAGGGAAUGAAAAAUGUGGCUUCCAGAAUAUGCCACAUACAAGCAUAAAGGACUGGAUGGCCUGUGUAGUUUGUAACCUAGGUCUGUAUUUCAGAUAUACACACUUCUCA